GAAUUGCAUACUUGUUGCUGAUUGGGUAAACUUCACGCCAAUCUCAAUCUAUGCGGAAGUGAGUGUCCAGCAUGGAUACAGCACCUGACAGCAGUAACCUUGCUGGUGUGCGGCAUAUCAUCCUGGUGUUAUCAGGGAAAGGAGGUGUUGGCAAAAGUACCAUCUCCACUCAGAUUGCCCUGGCAUUGCGCCAUGCUGGUAAGAAGGUGGGUAUACUGGACGUAGAUCUGUGUGGGCCCAGUAUACCCCGCAUGCUGAAUGCUCAUGGUAAGGAUGUCCAUCAGUGUGACAGCGGCUGGGUACCAGUGUACGUGGACCAGGAGAAGAGCAUCUCACUCAUGUCUAUUGGUUUUCUGCUGGAGCGCCCUGAUGAUGCUGUAGUAUGGAGGGGACCGAAGAAAAACGCGAUGAUAAAGCAGUUCGUGGCUGAUGUGGCCUGGGGACAUUUGGAUUUCCUUAUUAUUGAUACUCCUCCGGGAACCUCCGAUGAGCACAUAUCUACCGUGGACGCUCUGAGGCCAUUCAACCCCACGGGAGCUGUAUUGGUCACCACUCCUCAGGCUGUAUCUAUUGGAGACGUAAGACGGGAGUUGACGUUCUGCAAAAAGAUGGGGCUACGGGUGCUUGGAAUUGUGGAGAAUAUGAGCGGCUUUGUUUGCCCCCAUUGCACAGAAUGCACUAACAUUUUUUCCAAAGGAGGUGGCGAGGAGCUAGCAAGACACGCCGGAGUCCCAUUUCUGGGUUGUGUUCCCCUUGAUCCUACCCUGGCCCAAAGUCUAGAACAAGGGAAGGAUUUUAUCCAGGAGUUCCCCAAGAGUGCGGCCUACUCGUCCAUCACAAACAUUGUGCAGCAGAUCCUGGACAGCGUCUCACAAGGAUCUUGAUCCUGAAUGUUUCUGAGAUCAGAGGACUUUGGUCAAAUAGUAGCUUAGGCUGGGUUCACACCACGUUUUCUUAAAUACGGCUCCCGUAUACGGUUGGGAGGAGGGGGGCUUAAUCGCGGCGCCCGCACUCAGCCGUAUUCGGGAACCGUAUUUAAUGCAAGUCUAUGAGCCGACCGGAGUGAACCGCAGCCUCCGGUCGGCUUCGUUUUCGGCCGUAUGCGGUUUCCCGACCGCAGGCAAAAACGGGGUCGA